AUGGCCAUGAUGAACGAUAUGCCGGAUGACGAUGACACGCAAGCUGACAUGUUUGGCGACUUUUUCAGAGAAGAGUACGCCUCUUACAGCUACCUGAUGACGAACGCGACCACCGGCGAGCCUAUCGAGGGUGCCGGAGGCAUCGUCGCCCCGACGUUCUCUCGAGACAAGGUCAAGGUUGGCGUGUUCAUCCCGGCGUCCUCGGGAUACGUCGCGAGCGGGACCGAGACGGUGACCGUCACGGUGUGCGAGUUCAUGCGACCAGAGAAUUGUCUCAAUGAAACACCCUAUCCCGGGGCACCCGAAACGUACGCCUGCGGACUCUCCGACGAAACGAUCGAGGCGACUGGAUUCGAGUGCGACUCUCGAGAAGUCCCGAUGGAAAACGACGGCGAUUUGAGCGUCGAGGUCGAGCUCGAGGAGGACGACGAAUCCAUGGAACUCGACGAUUACGCCGAGGCCCCGUCACCAUCACCGGCGCGUCGCCUGCUCUCUGCCGCGCGGUUCGGUCGCGCCAAUCCCAGGCGCUCGCGAACGCUUCGCACCGCCGGAACCCGAGGGUUCGGCCGCGGCUGA